AAUUAUUAUUGGGCCAACAUAAGAGGUUAGAGCGUAACAAAACAAGUACAGAAACGGAAAAAAGAAAGAAAAAGCUUGGCGAAUACAGUGCAGUUGCGUUGCGGUCUCAAAACAUAAUUGCUUUGGGCACUUAUCGUCUUUUUAAUACAGGCAUAUAAUGGAGAUACGAACGUAAACGCUAAGACUGAAAACCUAAUCGAGGGAUUUCACUCCUUCAGUUCGUCUUUUGAUCAAGGCAUGACAUCAUCAGACGAUGAGGCUGAUGUUGGGCCGCAGUCUGUCUUGAACUACCAUUUUGUAAAUGACGAGGAUACACCUAUAUCUUUUUCGGUGUUGCCACUUCAAUGGAGUGUGAGUGAGAGUGUUAACGAAAAACCAAAACAGCAGAUAUUCUUGCAUGGGUCUGUAGACAAAGGGCUUCAGACCAUACACAAGGAAGUCACAGCGUGGAAUUUUGAUGUGUUGAAUGCAAUUCCGGAGAUAUCAGUGCUCACAAAGGCGAAUAAUUGGAUCAAACUGGAAAAGCCCAGGAAGAGCUUUGAAGAAAUAAUUAGGACAAUCUUGAUUACAGUGCAAUGUCUUCAUUUUGUCAGGAGGAAUCCAGGGGCAUCUGAGAAAUCUCUGUGGGACCACCUGUCCAAGGUUUUCAGUUCGUUUGAUGUUAGACCUUCUCUGAAUGACUUGGUGGAUCACAUGGCUUUAAUCUCUGAAGCUGUUAAACGAGAUGAUUCCUUAGCAGAGUCCAAGUUUCUACUCACAUUUCUUGAGGAAAAGCCAAGGAAGAGAAAGCUCAAUGAUGAGGAUGUGCAAGCUACAAAUAUGUCUAAAUUUAUCGUUGAUGAUGAAAUUCUUGAAGCCGUUGAAAAAGAUGAAUCCAAUGAAGACGACAACGACGAUGACGACUUGUUUGAUUCUGUCUGUGCAUUUUGUGAUAAUGGUGGUGCCCUUCUAUGUUGUGAAGGAAAUUGCAUGAGGUCAUUUCAUGCAACUGAAGAAGCUGGAAGAGAAUCUGUGUGUGCCUCUCUUGGCUUUACAGAGAGAGAAGUUGAAGCAAUUAAGAGUUUUUACUGUAAGAAUUGUGAAUAUAAGCAGCAUCAGUGCUUUGCUUGUGGAGAGUUGGGCUCCUCUGAUAAAGUUUCUGGUGCUAAGGUGUUUCGUUGUGCCAAUGCAACCUGCGGUCAUUUUUAUCACCCACAUUGUAUUGCAAAAUUACUCCACCCUGGGGAUGAAGUUGCUGUUGAGGAGCUUGAGAAAAAAAUUGCUUCAGGGGCGUAUUUUACCUGCCCUAUUCACAAAUGCUGUGCUUGUAAACAAGGAGAGAAUAAGAAGAUAAAGGAGCUGCAGUUUGCUGUAUGCAGGCGCUGUCCCACAUCCUACCACAGAAAAUGCUUGCCAAAGGAGAUUGUUUUUGAAAAGAAAAAGGCAGAAGGUGAAGACGAAGACGAAGAUGAAGAGCAAGAAGAAGAAGAAGAAGAAGAAAGAGAAACACGGGCAUGGGAGGGUCUGUUGCCCAACCGUGUAUUGAUAUAUUGUUUAAAACAUGAGAUCAUUGAUCACCUUGGAACUCCAAUAAGAGACAUAAGAUUCCCUGAUGUUGGAUACAAAAAGAAAAACUGGAUAUCAGAAUUGCCUGGAAGCUCAGGGAAAGUUUUGCUAAAGAAAAGAAGGCUGACAUCAGAAGGCUCCCUUUUGGGACAAACUUCUGUUGAAGAACUUACAGAGUCAUCUUCUCGUGUUAAAAAGGUUGUGAAUAUUAAAAAAGAUGAAACAAUUCCAUCUGGAUCGAAUUCCUCAAGGAAAUUGAAAGCAAAAACUGCAUCCAGGAUGUCUUUGAAGGAGAAUGUGAAGUCUGGCUCAACAGAUGUGGAUAGGUCUGCUGCAAUCAAUAUGAACAAGGAUGCACUGGGGGACAGGUUAUUUGAAUUCAUGAAUAAACAGUCUGAACAAUUAAAACUUGGUAAGCAGGACAGAUGCACUAGUGACAUUGUUAAAGAAACGGAAGUUAAGACUUCUACCAAGAACCUGAGCAGUGAAUUGCCUUCAUUAGACGCUGACACAGAAAGAAGAAUUUUGGCUUUAAUGAAAGAAGCUGCUUCUACAAUAACAAUGGAAAAAGUCAUGAAAAAGCAUGAAACUCCAUCUACACAUGCAUACUCAUCAAAAAAUGCCGUUGACAAGACAAUUACAGCAGGAAAGGUGGAGGGUGCAGUGGAGGCGGUUAGGACAGCUUUAAAGAAGCUAGAAGAUGGAUGCAGUACUGAAGAUGCCAAAGCUGUUUGUGAACCAGAAGUUCUGAAUCAGGUUUUUAAGUGGAAGAACAAGCUUAGAGUGUAUCUUGCUCCAUUUCUAUAUGGAAUGCGAUAUACAUCCUUUGGUCGCCAUUUUACAAAAGUAGAGAAACUUAAAGAGAUUGUCGACUUGCUCCAUUGGUAUGUACAAGAUGGUGAUAUGGUUGUCGACUUCUGUUGUGGUGCAAAUGACUUUAGUGUGGAGAUGAAAAAGAAGCUUGAAGAGAUGGGGAAGAAGUGCUCAUACAAAAACUAUGAUCUUAUUCAACCAAAGAAUUACUUCAAUUUUGAGAAGAGGGAUUGGAUGACUGUUCGUCCAGAUGAGCUGCCAAGAGGUUCACAGUUGAUAAUGGGAAUAAAUCCUCCCUUUGGAGUUAAAGCAGCUUUGGCCAACAAGUUCAUUGAUAAAGCUCUUGAAUUUAAACCAAAACUUCUUGUUUUAAUUGUUCCACCAGAAACAGAAAGGUUAGACAAAAAGAAUCCACCUUAUGAUCUUGUUUGGGAGGAUGAUCAGUUUUUGUCAGGAAAGUCGUUCUAUCUGCCUGGGUCUGUUGAUGAGAAUGACAAACAAAUGGAUCAGUGGAAUGUGACUACCCCACCUCUUUAUCUUUGGAGCCGUCCUGAUUGGAGUGCAAAACACAAGGCUAUAGCUCAAAAGCAUGGUCAUUUAUCCCGGCUACAGGGAGGAUCGCAUUUGGAAAAAAGUUGCUAUGAAACAAAAAACCCUGAUCAUCCAGCAGAGGUUCACUGUUACAACAUUGAUUCUUCAGACUUGACAGAUGAUCUUAACAUGCAAAGUAAAGAAGCAAAAGAACCAAAUCAUGAGAUAGUUGUGCCUGAAGGUAGUAAAGUGUGCUUCCCUGAUGACAUUGGUAACAGAGAAAACCGAGAUAUUCAUGGCCCUGAGAAAAACCCAUCUAUAGAGACUUCAAGGAAGAGAAAGCAUGGUGAAGUUAAGCUUGAUAGAGGAAUAAGUGGAAAACUACACAAGAAUAAAUGGAACAGUGGAAAGUCUCUUGAAAGCGAUACAGGAAAGGGAAUACCUAAUCAUUCCCCACGCCAUGUGGAUGACAAGCUCGGGAGAGGAAUGAAUGAAAAAUCACACAGCAAAAGAAAUGGUGGAAAGCCUCCUGAAAGUGACACUAAAAAGGGAAUAUCUCAUCGUUCCCCACACGAUGUCGAUAAGCCUGGAAGAAGAAUGGGAGAAAAAUUACAGGAGAACAGGCGGAAUGGUGGCAAGUCUCCUGGAAGAGAUAAAAAGAAGGGGAUACCCCAAUAUUCUCCACUCAAUGGUGAAGGUAACCUUGACAGAGGAAUUAGUGAAAAAAUACAUGAUAACAGACGCAGUGGUGGAAAGUCUCCUGAAAGUGAUUCACGCAAGGGAGUGCCUCAUCGUUCCCCACAGUAUGCAGUCAAUGCUGGAUCGCCACAGGAAGAUCCCCCAUCUAAAUCGUCAUCUGAAUUGCCCAUGCAUAGAGAGGUUAAUGAAAAUAGCAUGCCAAACAUGGAGUCUAGUCUUUCUAGUUCACAUAUGUCGUAUGGAACUGCUUAUCUGGGUAGGCAAUAUGGCAUGAAUGGCACUCAUGGAUACUCUCACGGCAACUUGGAGGAACCGUCUGCAGGGCACAUGAGAGAGAGUGCAGAGAGCAUUAGUUACAGAUACAUCCCCGAAUUAGCGCGGGAGCCUAAUAUGCAGUCACAAGUUCGACAUUAUGGGCAAGAUCCCGAGUUCUCUGUCCAAAGAAAUUAUUCGGGUGGCCAUGAGUCAGGAUAUAGCCAGUUGGGAUCGCUGUCAUCUCCUUACGGUCACUUAGGUGGAGCUGCAGAUUCAUCCUAUAGGAUGGGUAUGUCUGCAAUGCAACGAUAUGCACCUCGACUAGAUGAAUUGAACCAUACUAGGAUAAGUAACAUUGGUCCUGAUCCAUCCAUGGUGAACAGAACUGGCAUGUAUGAUAGUAUGCCGACUCCGCCUCCGCCUCCGCCUCCGCCACCGCCACCACCUCCACCUCGACCUGGGUACUAUGUUGACUCGAUGGGCUUUGCUCCAGGUCCCCAUUACCCCUAUGCACGUCACAACUCGGCAGGCUGGCUAAAUGAGUAAAUAUCUAGGUCUUUGAAUUUUGAUUUGUGAAACAAUGUAGGAGGGCCUGAGUAUGUUACUUGUGAAAUAUUAAUAUUAAUUUUUGGAUAUUAAAUUAGUUUUUUUGAAACUAAA